AUGCUUUCCUCAAUACUUCUCUCUCUUCUUCCGCUAGUGUCUGCUAUCCCCUGGGGUCCUCCUGGUUCCAGCAGCCAGACCCCAAGCUUUGACAAUGUGACAAUAUUCACUCCUCCAGCAGAUUGGCCUCGUCGCAGUACCAGCUACGCUCGUGUUGUCCUUUUAAAUCAAAAUUGCGAAACCGACAAUGUACUACUUACCACCUUCACACUGACACCGCCAUCCGGACGAUACUAUCCGGUUUUCGCAUCCCAUGAUCAAGGACAAACAUGGGCGCAAAUCUCGCAGAUCGAGUUUGGACCCGAGACUGGCAAGGACUAUAGCGCUGGCCGACUUGCCCAGCCAACGCUGCUGGAGCUACCGAUCGAUGUCGGCGAGUACCCUGCUGGCACUGUACUAUUUUCGGGGAUGGGACAACCGACAGAUCAGUCUUCCACCGACAUAUAUGUCUAUGCGUCGCGUGACAAAGGAUAUACCUGGGAAUUUGUCUCGCUCGUCACAUCAGGAGGGCGAGCCAACACGACCAACGGAGCAACCCCGAUCUGGGAACCAUUUCUACUCAUGUCACCCGUCUCGCACGAUCCCCCGUGGGUGAUGAACGCAUACUCGGACUCGCGAGAUCCUGCACACGGGCAAAAGCUAGCGCACCAAAGCUCACCGGAUCUGAAAUCCUGGAGCGGCGUCAUCGACGACGCCGCCGAAGCAAACUACACGCUCCGGCCCGGGAUGACGACCAUGGCCAAAAUGGGCAACGGCAAAUACAUCUUCACGUACGAGCUGGGCUUGUCGACCGACGGCCUCCCCGGCGUCAACCCGUUCGCAACCCACUACCGCAUCUCAGACGACCAGGAGACAUUCGACAGCGCCGAGGAGAUCCGGCUGAAGUCGUCGGACGGCAUCAUCUCCAGCUCCGGGCCGUACGUGGUGUGGACGCCCGUCGGCCCGUCCGGCAAGGGCACCGUCGUCGUCAGCGACAGCCACUUCACCAUGCUGUUCAUGAACACCGAGUACGGCGACCCGGACGCCUGGUUCACCGUCUACGGCGACCACGGCGUCGGCUACACCCGCAGUCUGACCGUCAUGCCCGACGAGAGUAAAGUGCUGUUGGUCAAUGGUGGCAUGUAUAAUUCGAGUUCUACGAUUGUGACGGCCGGGAUCAUCGAUAUCCCCGGCACGUAUGCGCCGGGCUUUGGUCCGGGUCCCAAGGAUCGGGAUUCUGUGAGCAGUUGUGGUGGUAAGGGGUUUUGGAAUAAUUGGGGUGCUGGUGUCGCUGCUGGUGGUUGGUGA